UAACAGUCAGGUGGCAACGAAGAGAUAGAGGGCUGACGCAGUUCAGGUGAGGGGAGCGCUGAAAUCGAUACCUGAUUCAUAAGGCUGAGGCAUGGUGAGAUUGCCGUCGAGACUCGGCUGCUGCGGGCGCACGACUCACACGCCAAAUGCACCUCUUUUGGAACGCUGUUGCGCAAGGUGCGUCUCACGAGGCAUUACCCUCGCGUAAUGCAUGUAGCGGCCUCUGCAGUUCUCCCUGUGAUGUAGUCGUUGUGUUAUCGUUGGCCGUGCUCGUCAGGUGUCAGGCACGCAUCACAGGCAGUCACGGUGGACAGGAAAGCGGUCCGAGGAAACGCGGUGAAUCAAUAGCACUCGUCACAAGGGAAAGAUCUGCAUUUCUCAGAUAUUGUUGUCAAUGAAAACAGAUCAUAGUUACAUGCAGCGUGCCUUUCGAGCGGUCGCGGCAUCUGCA